AUGCAACUGCGCUCCUCCUCGACCCGUCAAAGAGGGCGCGAUACCUUCAGGUACACUCGAAAGAAGAAUGGGCGACGACUGCCAUUGGCAGUGCGCGAACAAUCUGGGAGGAGGAAUACAGGACCGCCCACGACGAGGAAAUCGCGGUGUCUGCCCAACCGCCGGUCGAAGCGCGUUGGCUUGCGCCACAGACAGCCGAACGAGCUGGACCGGCUUCUGGAUGAGAUGGUGGUGGCCGAGGACACAACGAGAGACGUGGAUGAUUUCGAAAAUUUCAUCCACGCCAAACCGAUAAAGAUUGAGGGUUGCCCUCUCCUCUGGUGGUGCCAAGGAGAACAACGGAAAACAUACCCGCGUCUUAGUCGGAUGGCCAUCGAUCUUCUGUCCGUUCCCCCUGGCUCUGCCGAUGCCGAGUCAGCGUUAAGUGGAGGGAGACGUACCCUAUCCUGGGAUCGAGAAAGGAUGUCUUGUGCCAAUCUGGAGAAGGUUGAGUGCUAUCACGAUUUGGAUAGCCAGGCUUUCUAUCCAUACUCGUAUGGAAUAAGGUAUUCCAUACAAAAGUAUUCCAUACACUUAAUCCAUACUCCAUAUCGCUCGCUAGUAUUCCAUACGUAUGGAAUACAGGAGAAAGUGGGUCCAUGCAAAUUCUCCUGGGCAAUUUCAAGGGCUAGAAUGUCUUCCUUCGCAGGCCAGGCGGUCCAACUCAUUUUGGCCGCAUGA